CAUGGGGAGCCAGGACACAUGGGGAGCUUAGUCGUGACGCAGGAUACCAUAGCCAGGGGACGUGGGAAGACAGGACACGUGGGAAUUGGCUUGUGAAGUGAGAAUUAAAUUCAUUGUAAAGUGUAAAGUGGCAAGCAAUGAGUAAAGUGGUAAAUGUAUGUAAAGUGGCAGCCAUGUUGAGGGAUUUAUGGUAUCGGUGUCAGGUGGGUAAGGAAUUACCUUACCAUCGUACAGUAUGCAUGAACCCCCCCCCCCCACAUCGAUUAGGCUAUCUUUCACAAAUAUUAGUUCUCGAAUAAUUAAUUAGCGUCAGCGCACUCGCUCAAAUAAAAUAAAACAGUUGAUUAUAAGUGUAAUUUAAGUAUCAUAUGGUAAUGAAAUGAUAAAUAUGAAUAUAUAGUCGUGGGUAUAUAGUUAUUCGACGAGGUUGUUCAUAAUAGAAGAACCGAACAAUACUCUUUAGUUAUUUUGCUAGUUAUGAAGCAUCUUAUUAUGUUUAAUAAGUUGUUCGCAAGUUGCUUAUAUUACUAUGCAACUUUAUUGUAUGAAUGUACAUAUGUACCGAGAUUAGCGUGGAGUGGCAGCGGUGUUUGUUGUGUGAGAGUGGCGUCUAGCAACCACCAUUCCUAGGGAACACGUGUAGUCAAUACCUCACCUCAGUUUGCCUCUCCCUUACACCUGAGGAACUCUCGGCUGUGCUCUGUGAGGCCAGGAAGCUGUGGCAGGGACCCGCUAUUGACAUGUGGUGCAGAUAAGGUCUUCUGGUCCCCAUCCUCAUGUGGUGAAAUGCCACAUGGUUGGCGGUAGAGACUCGGUACGUAGAGACGAGACAGACCAUGGGUGUAGGCGGAGAGGCUGAGGAUCACAGUGAGAGGACCAGAGGGGCUAGUUAGCCCGCCUACAUAUAUAGACUCCCAGUACAGCCUCGUAGACUCAACCAGGGCCUCCAUGGAGUCACCGGGCCCUCAGCCUCUCACCGGGCGGUACACCAUGAAUACCUCGUAUGUGGACAUGGAUCUGGACUCCAUUCAAGCAAGGCGCGCCCAACUCAAAGCUCUCACCACCUCUGUAAGGCUCCCUCCUCUCGUUCCCUCUGACGACGACAGCACCCGCCAUGACCAUGAACACGCCGUGUUCCGGCGUGACACAGGCAGGAGCACGUCUUCAGGAGAGAGGUACAUGAAGCAGCGGCAGAGGUCAGAGCAGCAGCAGAGGUCCUCCAAGACCUCAGUAACGUCAGCGCGGGCGCGCUCGGCCACGGUCAAGCUGCCCAAACUCUCCAUCUACCCAAUGGCGUCACACAGCACCCCGCUGCCAAACAUUGGCGAGACCAGAUGGCAGACGGAUAACGUCAACCAAUAUGAAACAAAGAUGGCUUCUCCACCUUCGCCAGUAUACGAGGACGCUCACACCGUCAACCAGUGGGCGGAAGACGCCAGACAAAACAACAUGAAUACAUCCUCGGAAUCCUCAGAAGAUCGUAAGGCUACUCCACCAUCAGGAAAACGCAAAACACCUGUCACAACGACCCCUGGAGCCGAACCUCAACCUCCAGGAAGUAGAUCUCCGGAUACAGAGCUGGUAUCACCGAAUAAGCGGCCAGAGACUGCUAGUGAUGCCCCGGAGUCUCGGGCUGACAGUAAGACUCACGAAAAGGAAGACUUUGACCAGAUAGUGUCAGACAUGGCGAGCGAGGACCUGGCCACGAGGCUGGUGGCCACCACCAAGGCCAGGAGACUCCUCUCCAUGGAAACGGCUCCGCCCAUUGAACAGUUUCUUCAAGCGGACAUACUGACUCCUGCCAUGGCCAACCUUCAGGAGGAGAACUUCACGCUGCUCUUCGAGACCGCCUGGAUCAUCACCAACAUCUCAUCUGGCACUAGCAGUGAUGCCGAGGUUGUGGUUGAACGAGGCUUCAUACCGCCCCUGGUACACCUGGUGACCACGGCGGCCAUAGAGAUCCGGGAGCAGGUGACCUGGGCCCUCGGAAACAUCGCGGGCGACAGGGCUGAGUACCGGGACCUGGUCGUGGCGGCCGGAGCUCUUCCGCCUCUUCUCGAUCUCCUCAACCUCGAUAUACCGGUGUCCUUCGUCCGCAAUAUCUCGUGGAUGAUCUCCAACCUCUUCCGUUUUAAGCCCUUGAUGAUGUCUGAGGAGGAGAAGACCAGAGUCCUUCAAGCUGAGAAGGACCACCUCUUGGUUCACAGGGACACUGAGGUGUAUGUGGACUCUCUGUGGACGAUAAGUUACUACGCUGACCUGGGCAACCAGUACAUCCACCAGGUGGUGGAGGCUGGCAUUAUUCCCCUGCUGGUCCAACACCUCAGUUCCCAGGAACGGAAGGUGGUCCAUCCGGCUGUCAGAGCUCUCGGUAUCAUCACCAGCGGCACAGAUUUCGAGACGGACGCAGUUCUGGAGGCUGGGGUUCUUCCCGUCUACUCUCGCCUUCUCUCCACCAACAUGAGGGUGAAGAAGGAGAUAGCGUGGAGUGUCUCCAACAUACUCGCCGGCACUUGUAAACAAAUACAUGCGGUCAUCAAAUCCGGCAUCUUGCAUGAGCUCAUGCAAGCAGUGCAGACGGAUGAGGUGUCGGUGAAGAAGGAGGUGAUCUGGGCGCUCUCCAACAUGACCCAGAGAGGGACACAGGUCCACAUGGACGCGCUCCUGCAGGUUGGAGGGCUCCAGCUCCUGGUCGACUCCCUGCUGGCUGACAAUGUUAAAAUUGUCAUGGUGGCCGCUCAGGGAAUUAAGAACAUUCUGGAGAAAUAUGACAACGUGGAGGCCAUCAAGGAGAUGCUGGAGGAGUGUGGCGGAGUGGACUACAUGGAGACUAACCUCCAGCAUGUGGACGAUAGAGUCGUUAGUAAGAUGAACGAGAUCCUCAACACAUUCUUCCCUGACCCGACAUUCCCUUUUCCAGCUGAACUGGAAGAGAAUCUGAGUGCAAGUAUCGGCUUGGGUCUGAACCUCUCCCGGAAGGCGUCGAAGUAUGUGGCUGCUGUUUCCCCCUGAUAUAUAUGUAUCACAAGCCAGCCUAUUCUUUCGAUAUGCUACUCCGUAAAGAAUGCAACCUUUCUAGCCUAACCAGAAACGUACUAACCAACCUAGUCAAACGUGGCCGAUGUAUAGAAAACGUCAAUAUUAAGCUGCUUAAAAUUGUACUAAUACGUCGGCUUUUUAACGGAUUAGGCUAGAGAAGUAAGUUCAGCGGCGCAGAAUUGUAAUACAUUGUGAUGUGUGAAGGUGAUAUAUUGUAUAUUAUAUUUUUGAGAACGUUUAUCGACAGUAAUGUGCAUUGUUAUCUGUACAUUAUUAGUUUAACACGUUUGAAAAUGAACAAUAAAGUAUUGUGAUGA